AAAAAAAAGUAUAGAUAGCGGCCAAAUACCGGGAGUGAUCGUCUUUUUGCCCUUCCGUGCGCCGCUUGAAUCUCGUUGUGUAGAGAUUAGGUCUUAUAUAAUCAAUUCUUCCUCCAACUCCGGCGGCGGCCACUGCGGUGGCGGCGGCGGCGGCGGGGCCCAUAGAUCCGAAGCAACCGCCGCGGUACGUGUAGACCACCUCCCAAGCCAGUCAGGGAUUUGCUAAGAAGCGAACCAUCCUUGAAGCUUUAGUCGCUCUAUCCAUAAGUUGUUUUACGCGGGUUUAUCUUCAAUCUGGGGAAGAUUUGGGAGAGGAUGGCUAAUCUUGCCAACAUGUUUGCUGUCCUUGACCUGGAUGGCGAGGACGAUCGAAAGGAAGUGGAACAACCGACAUCCAGCAAGCCAGAAGCUGCUGCCACCGCCGCCGCCAGGAAACCCGAUAGUGGCAUGGUGAAUAACAAAAUGAUUGUAAAUUAUAAUGGGGAUACACUUGGUUCAUCGUCAAGUGAGUACAAGAUGCCAUUGGUGUGGAUUGACUUGGAAAUGACCGGUUUGGAUAUCAGAAAAGACCGCAUAUUGGAGAUUGCUUGUAUUAUAACAGAUGGUAAACUUACCAAACGGAUAGAGGGUCCUGAUUUGGUUAUAAGACAGAGCAAGGAAUGCUUAGACAACAUGAAUGAAUGGUGUAAAACCCAUCAUGGUGCCAGUGGACUGACAGAACAAGUACUGCAGAGUGAUAUUUCUGAGUGUGAUGCUGAGAAACAGGUGCUAGACUUUGUUAGGAGGUAUAUUGGUUCGGCGACUCCAUUGAUUGCUGGGAAUUCUAUCUAUACAGAUUUACUAUUUUUGAAGGAGUAUAUGCCACAGCUUGCAGGCAUAUUCCCUCAUGUGAUAGUUGAUGUGAGCAGCAUAACGGCUCUGUGCAUCCGCUGGUUCCCCAAGGAUUAUACAAGUAUGGUAUUGCUAGUGGACUCAACCAAAUCUAUUUUUGCAGAAAGGAAGCAAGCUCCAAGAAAGGAGAAAAACCACAGGGCACUGGACGACAUCAGAGAGAGCAUCAUGGAGCUGCAGUACUACAAGGAGAACAUCUUCAAAUCGCGGCAAUCUAAGCAUUAGCCUGUUGGGAUUCAUUAGCUCUCUUGAUUGUUGGGAUGAAAACGUUCCCUGGUGUAUGAUCCUUCCAUAGAUUUGAUGAUGCUUAAAUGGCCAAGUGCCUUUGGGGUAACGCCAAGAUUGUAGUCACAUAGGGCCUGUGUGGUUGGUGACCAACUUUGCCAUGGCUUGCCACUUGUUUUGUCACACUGGCAAAAGUGCUCCCUAUCCCACUUUACUAGUUUUAGGGAAAUCACUGUUUCACAGCUA